GGCAGGAAGUAAAUGACAGGUAAGGAAACAAAGCUUCUGCCAACAGCGGUUGAAAGGUUUCAUUAACAACAAUAUCCUAGUUUGUUAAAACAGCGAGGAAAAUCAAAUGCUCUGAGAACCACCAUGUCUGCUUCAUUGCUCUUCAUCAGCUGGGUUCUCCUGUCAGAAACCGUCCUCUGUUGGUCUCAAUUUCAUGAAGCAUUUGUAGCUGAAGCUGGACGGACGGUCACUCUGCCAUGUCGACAUCCCUUUAAUGACAGUGUCUUAGUUGUGGAGUGGAGCAGAAGUGAUCUGGGAGAGGAAUAUGUGCUUCUCUAUCGAGACGAGCAGAUUGAUAAAUCCUACCAGAAGCCUUCUUUCUGGGACCGGGUGGACCUGCAGGACAGACUCAUGGAGAAUGGAGAUGUGUCUUUGGUUCUGGAAGACACCAGGACUUAUGAUUCUGGAACAUAUCAGUGUAGGGUGGUCCACAGGAGUUUCGGUGAAGAUGAAGAAAGUGUAGUCUGCACCAUCCAGCUGGAUGUCAGUCCUUCUUCUCCUCCUCUUCUUCCUCCAGGGGAUGAAAACGAAGAUGAUGAAUAUGAAGCAAAUGAUGGAGGAAACAAGGUCGCAGGGAUCCCGUUUAAAGAAACUGUGGAAGGAGCAAAGGAAGGAACUAUCGUUCUGCUUGUUUUCUUUAUGAUAGUUUUUGUUAUUGCAACUUUUCAGAUAUAUAAAAGAAAGGUGAGGCUUCACAUAAGACUGUAGUCAUUUCACAACGAGAUACGGUGAAAAUCUGGAGCCAGUCCAGAGUAGGUGUUACUUUUCAGUCUCCGGGGCUUAAAAAGAAACUAGUCAGGAACAUGUCACCAGGUUCUUCUAGCAUUUCUUCAAAACUGGAUUCUUGUUCCGUCCAUCUAUAUACUGCUGCAUUUCAAUUACAGUGUGUCAGAUGUGUGUGCGUACCUGUCUAGCCCUCAGAAUGAGGACCAAUUAAUGCAAAGUGAGGACAUUUUGCAGGUUCUCACAUGCUAUUUUGCUAAUGGUAAGGUUUAGGGCUAAGGUGUCAUUGGGUUUAGGGUGAUUUAUGCAUCGGUAAUGAAAGAAACUCAUGGUUCCUUGUUUCUCUGGCCUUGGUUUAUGGCUGUAAGCAGAAAGUCUGUCCUCGUACCAAAUCCUCAGCCUCUGAAGGACAUCAUCCACCACAGUGGUCAGAUUUAUGUUGGAAAACGGCUGUUAUCUCUGAUGAAAUGACAAAACUGCACCUGGUUGGUGACAGAGGGACCUACCGGUACUACCACAUUUUAUUUAGUGGUUUGAGAAUAAUCCUUAUUUAUGACUUUAAACAGUUUUUUUCUGUAGCAUUUUAAUUCUGUAUGAGGAUUUUAUAGUGCUGCUCAGUGUAGCAGUGGGUCGCACUGCUGCCUUGCAGCAAGAAGGUUCCGGGUUCCAGGGUCCCGGCCCGGGUCUUUCUGCACGGAGUUAGCAUGUUCUCCCUGAGCAUGCGUGGGUUCUCUCUGGGUACUCCGGCUUCCUCCCACAGUCCAGAAACAUGAAUGUUAGGUUAAAUGGCUUCUCUAGAUUCUCCUUAGAUGUGAGUGUGUGUGUGAAUGGUUGUUUGUCAUGUUUGUCUCUGGGAUGCCCUGCGAUGGACUGGCUACCUGCCGAGGGUGUACCCCGCCUCUCGCCCGUAGACAGCUGGAGAUAGGCUCCAGACCCCCUCACGACCCUUAUUGGGACAAGCGUGUCAGAUAAUGGAUGGACUUUAUAGUAACUUUAAAGUUAUGCAACAUUUUGCUGGUCUGUGACAUAAAAUCCAUUAAAGUUUGGUAAAAGGGACACAUCUGGAGUGUAUGAAUACUUUUUGGAGCCAGUGUAUUUCACUCCUAAUGUUUUAAUUAAUCCAUUUUGUUCCUAGAAUAUCUAAAAGUAGAACGGGAGGCAGAUCUUUUAGUUAUCAGGCUCCUUUUUGAUUAAGCUUAUUGUUAGAGUGGCUCAGGUUAUGCUGAGCUAUCUCUAAAGUUAUACUGCUAUAGGCUUAGACUGCUGGAGGAAAUAGGGACCCAUUUUUCAUCACUCUGCUUCAUUAUAUCUCUAAUCUCCCACUCUGCAGAAUCUGAAACAACAUACUUUAAAGGUCAUUUGUCAUCUGAUGAGCCUUCCAUUGAAACUUAUAAGCAAAGUUAACAGUAAACAUGUGAUGGACCUACAUGGCCAUUACAAUAUGCCUGCUUAAGCCAUGUUUAGAGUAUAAUAUAAUGAUUUAAAACAAAGUUUUUAGAACUUAUAGCAUUUAAGUCAUUAAACUGUCAUAUUACAGCUUUAGGUUGUCUGAAAAUCUCAGAGAAUACAGAAAAAGAUUUAUUGACUUACACAAAACCAUAUAAAGAAGCAAUUUUGACAAUCCAUGUUUUAAUUUCUGCUUGGUUAAUCAAUCUAGAAGUGAAUACAUUCAUGUAAAACAUCCAGGGCAGAAAACAAUGCAAUAAAAUCUAGUUCUAUAAAACAGACGAUAGUUUCUCUAAAUCACAGCAGGUUAUUAAAACAUCUACAGAAUCAGAAACAAAACUAUUGGUAAUAAUUUAAAGAAAAUUUUACCAUAAAAGAUCUUUAAAAGACAGAAACAUAAAAGAAAAUAUUUUUAAGUGAAUAUAAUACAGACUUUGAAUCUGACAUUUAAUGGCAAAAUUGUCAAGUCUGAACCUUAGACUAAGAUUUAUUUUGUCAUUUUGUAUACGUGAGUGUAUACAAAAAGAAAUUUCUAUUAAAACAGCUCUAGACAAUUGCAUUUUUUAAAGUGCAGCCUUGAAACAAAGUAAUAAAAACAGGAGAACAAAUAGUAAUAUAAACAAAUGACUGUAUAUUUACAGUUCUAAACUUUUUUAACCUCAUGCCAAAUGAACCAUUGUAGUGCAAAGAAACACAAUAAGUGAACUCUUAACCGAGUUCUUUGUC